CUUUCAGCCUGUAUUUACAGCGCUCUGAGCCCCAAGGAACUUCAAACACACUUCAGAGUACCCCAUUCUUCAGCGUCUAAAGCCUAAAAAACUGACCCCGCCAGAUUCUAGCCAAGAUUCUCCGGACUAUGAAAACCCCAGCACCUAUCGGACCUCGCCUGAAGCACCCCUGUCCACAAAAUUCAUCCUCUUCACAUGUUCCUAUUCGGGUAAGACUCAACGUUACACAUCUGUCAGAGCAACAACACCACAUCAGAAUUUUCAUCUUCACUCAUCUUUCUUUCAAAACCUUUCUCUCAACUCACUCUCAUACUCAGACCCAGAGAGAAAAGGUCAAAAUGUCAACCCUCCCCCACCACAGCAACUGGGUAAACGGCGCGCACCAACCCCCAACCGAAGACCGCAUAACCAUCAUCAACCCCGCCACCGAACUCCCCCUCUUCACCAUCGACUCCACCCCCCUCCAAACAGUGCAAUCCAUCAUCCACUCCUCCCUCCAAAACUUCACCUCAGGAACAUGGUCCUCCUCCCCCUCCACAACGCGGUACACCGUCCUCUCCACCGCCGCGCUCCUCCUCCGCUCCCGCCUCCCGCACUUCAUCGCCCUCGAAACCCAACAGACCGGCCGCCCCAUCCGCGAGAUGAAAGCCCAACUCUCUCGCAUCCCAGAAUGGCUCGAGUACUUCGCCUCGCUAGCACGCACCCACGAAGGGCGCGUUACGCCCUUCAAAGGCCCCGUGGUAAACACCCUGACCAGACUCCCCCUCGGCGUAGUCGUUCAAAUCACGCCCUGGAACCACCCCCUCCUGAUAGCAAUCAAGAAGAUCGCCGCCGCCCUCGCAGCAGGCAACUCGGUGAUUGUCAAACCCUCCGAAUCAGCCCCGCUUUCCGUCCUCGAAAUGGGGAAACUCUUCCAGGAAGCUGGCCUCCCCGACGGAACUCUGCAAAUCAUCUGCGGCUAUGGGAAAGAAACCGGGAAAUUUCUCUGCGAAUCCCCUCUGAUAGCGAAGAUAGACCUCACAGGCGGUCUAGCAACAUACGCAGCUAUCGCCCCCAACGCAAGCAAGAACCUCAUCCCCAUCACAGCUGAGCUCGGCGGCAAAGCACCAGUGUGUAUCUUCCCCAGCGUGCCAGUCCCCAAAGCCGUGCAAGCCGCCCUUUUCGCGAGCUUCAUCGCCAGCGGCCAAACCUGCGUAACAGGCAGCCGACUCCUCGUGCACUCCGCCAUCUACGACGAGUUCGUCAGCCUGCUAGUCGAAAGGACGAAAGCCUUAAGAGUAGGCGACCCCAUGGACGAACGUACCCAGAUUGGAGCCGUCAUCUCACGCGCGAGUGUGGAGCGCUGCGCCUCGUUCGUUAUGCAGGCUGUGAUUGAGAAUGGGAAUGUCCUCUGUGGAGGCGGCCCUACCCGCGUUGAUGGGAAAGGGUUCUUCUUCCAGCCUACACUCAUCGAAUCCUCUCCUGAAAGCAAUCUCUCCUGCAACGAGGUCUUCGGUCCCGUAAUCGCCAUCAUUCGCUGCUCCUCCGAAGAAGAGAUCAUUCGGAUCGCAAAUUCCACCUCUUUUGCGCUCGGUGCGUCAGUUUGGUCUAACGAUUUCGCACAGGCGCAUCGGGUGGCGGAGAAGAUCGAUGCGGGGAUCGUGUGGAUCAAUGGGCAUCAUUUGAAUGAUCCGUCGAGUCCGUGGGGUGGGUUCAAGGAGAGCGGGAUGGGGAAGGAGAAUGGCGUGGAGGCGUUUGAGAGUUAUUCGAGGGUGAAGAGUACGAUUAUCAAUUAUGGGCAGGAACCGACGUGGUUUGAUGAUGAGGUUGAGAAUGCUAGAUAUGGAUAGAUAGAAAUGCAUAUACAUGAUAAACUAUCAUUGCAAGGCCU